AUGAGCGACAGCGCAGGACGCAGAAGCAAAUCUCAUGACUCUGCCUAUUUGGCAGAAUACUACGAUCUACGGGCCAAGGCAGAUGUCACGGUCUUGAACGCCCAGGAUGACGCCAAAAUCUACAUAUCGGCCCUGAAGAAGCAGGUGGAAUCAUACUACCCUCUUGACCAUCAUGGACAACAUCUCAUUGUCCUGGACGUCGGUACGGGUACCGGGCGUGUGCUGGCCAAUCUCGCCACAGAUGCCGUUCAGGACAACAUUCCUCUAUCCAAUGUUGAAUUUAUUGGGGUUGACGAGAAACCUUCGAUGAUCCAUUGUGCGUUAGCUGUGCAGCAGGAGACGCCGAGCAUAAACCCAUAUCAAUCAGGUUGA